UCUUGAGGGGUGUGAAUAGCAGAUCAUAUUCCAGCCUGUCCUCUGGAGCCUGCCUCUGCCCUUAGCUGGUUUUAAUAUGGUUUGCUCUCUGCUUGGUAGGUGGCAGCCGCUGGUUCUUCUAUAGAAACUCUAUCAGUCUACUGAUUCCGCGCACUUAUCCGUCCUGCACUCUCUGGAAAUGCAUGUGCACAGCUACUAGUAGCAGAGAGACAGCUCAGUCAGCCUGAAUCACAGUCUGCAAGCCCUGGUUCCCAGGAGAGCACUUAUUUCGGUGCUUUGUGCAUCCCGCAUGCGAACAACUAUUUCCUUUUGAUAGAUUGACUUUGCCACCACAAAGCUGACACUCACCCGGGAGUCCCGCUUGUUCCCUUAUCAAUGGGAGCAUGAGGAAUGGUCAUUCCUCACCGACAUGCAGCGAUAGCAGUGAAUAAUAUCAGAGAGGGGAGAAGGACAACACUAGGAACAUGCUCAACAGAGGUGCUUGUUGUUCUUGGGACAGAACCCUGCUGCAAAGAAGGAGGCGAGUCUGGGGGGGCUGCUGUCAUCGCUGAUGCUGGUGAGAGCUUGGCAGUGGUAGAAGAACGUCGCUCAGGAUGAUAAAAGCUGAUUCUAGCCAGAAGCCCAGAAAGGAAUGGAGCAGAGAGAAAGGAACUGAGGAGUUGGGAAAGCCACAGUGACGAGCACAUGAACUUCAGGCUGACCUUGGAUGCGCAAGGGAUGAAGGAGACGGACAGGGACUGACCAUGUGGAGCAUCCUGGCAAUAAUUUUCUGGUUUUCCACUAUAAUUAUCAAAGCUAUCCCCCCUGUAUGUGACCUCCUCAAUGUCCUGCGUAAGGAAGAAGAGCUGUGUGUUGAGGCUCUGGCCCGGGAAGGAAAGAACAGAACAUCUGAAAAUAAUCAGUUCAUGAACUCAGGGAGAUGUGCUGGAAUGUGGGACAACAUGAGCUGCUGGCCUUCUUCCCCACUUGGACAGACGGUCAAUGCGCACUGCCCCAAAUUCUUCCAAAUGCUCACUGGAAAAAAAGGCUUCGUGUAUAGGAACUGCACCAGUGAAGGUUGGUCCGAGACAUUUCCAAGACCUGAUGUUGCCUGUGGCUAUGAUGUGAAUGACACUACUAAUGAGGAGAGACGCACCUAUUUCAUGAAGCUGAAGACCAUGUACACGGUUGGAUACAGCACUUCCCUCCUGACGCUGAUGAUAGCCUUGGGGAUCCUGGCAGCCUUUAGAAGACUCCACUGCACAAGGAACUACAUCCACAUGCACCUGUUCACAUCCUUUAUUUUACGCGCCCUGUCAAACUUCAUCAAAGACGCCAUGCUGUUUUCCUCUGAGGAUGUCAACUACUGCGGCGCUCACAUGGCUGGAUGUAAAAUCAUCAUGAUCUUCUUUCAGUAUUGCAUUAUGGCUAAUUACAGCUGGCUUCUGGUGGAGGGCCUGUAUCUCCAUGCCCUCCUGGUUAUUUCCUUCUUCUCCGAAAGGAAGUUCUUCUGGUGGUUCAUCGCCCUGGGAUGGGGAGCCCCGAUGGUAUUUGUUAUCACAUGGGCCAUUACCAGGCAGCUACAUGAAAAUAUAGGGUGCUGGGACAUUAAUACCAAAGCUGCUAUCUGGUGGAUUGUCAGAGGCCCUGUAGUUUUGUCUAUUUUUAUUAACUUCAUCCUUUUUGUGAAUAUUUUAAGAAUCUUAAUGAGCAAGCUCAGGUCGCCAGAAGGAAGGACCAAUGAUUUCGACCAGUACAAGAGACUUGCAAAAUCAACACUCCUUCUCAUUCCCCUCUUUGGAGUUCACUACAUCAUUUUUGCUUUUUUCCCUGAAGAUGCAAAGAGCGGCACAAUGGAAAUCCAGCUCUUCUUUGAACUGGCAGUUGGAUCAUUCCAGGGAUUUGUUGUGGCUGUGCUUUACUGUUUCCUUAAUAGUGAGGUUCAGCUGGAAGUCCAGAGGAAAUGGAGGCAGUGGCAUUUAAGCAAACACUUGCGUCAGCAUCUCAGCUCCUCAGCUAGUAAUGGGGGAAGCAGUUUCACUCAGGUGAUGCACACGAUAAAGCCCAGCCCUCCUGAGCAAAAGAGGCAGUGCACUCAGAAAUCAAGUAUCAUUUAACGGAGCCCAUUUGGACUAACUCGGGCGCACACGCUCAACUUCCCAUGGACUGCACCAGGAACCCGUUUGUGCAUCCUGAAAGCAGAACUUGGCCCCGGGUCAACUCGUCUUGCAGCACAUCUAUGUGCUGGUAUCCUGCAUAAGUAUUAUUGUGGUCCUUUUGCAAAGGAGGCGGCCAAACAUCCUGCUCUUUCUCCAUUUUUCUGCAAAUCAGUCAUGUUUGCCUUCCUCCUCCUGUAUUUUGGGGCUGUCAUGCUGACCUGAAGCACUUGCUCUUUGUGGCUUUUUCUUGGGUUGUCCUGGCUGGGUUGUUCUCAUGGUUUUCAAAUGUAUCUUAUUUCUCUUUUUUUUUUUUAAAUUGAAGUUUGCACUAUAUAUUCUGCUUUGCAGAAUGAGUGUUGCAGUGUAUUCUUGAGCACCAUAUUGGUUGAAAAUGCAGAAUUAGUUAUUCCUUUGUUUCAAGCAUAGUAUUUGUUAUCCCUUUGUUUCAACCCAUCUUCAGAACCUAAUUUUAGAAGAAAUGGCUGGGAAGGUCAGGGCUUGGUCCAGUUAUUUCUCUCCUGUUAUGUAGCUGUUACCUAGAUAAGUUUCAAUGGCAUUGGAAAUAGAUUUCUUCCCUUCCACUCUUCUACUAAAGAAGAUCUCAGAAAGCAACACACUUGUAUAAUUUAGAUUAAUGCCAGUGCUUGAGCUGGCAGCAGCAGAGCUACUUUGGAAAAUUCCCAUGUUAGCCAACCUUAAUAAAAUAGCCUUUGACACAAAUUGUCAUCUCCGUAUUUAUGAAUCCAUCCAGUCCAUCUUCAAAGGGAACCGGUGGAAAUGCAGAUGCUCGGGGCACUUAAAACUCAAUUAAACUAGACAAUAACGUGGGAAGCAAACCAAGACCGGCAGGGGAAAAUUCUUUCAAGGUCUGUCCUCACACAAAUCUAAUGAAGUCAGUGAGAUUAUACAAUGUAUGACCUUUCUGGAGCUACACUUAUAUAUGCCAGCUGGAGUUCUGGUCCAAAAUAACAAUUUCAAGAAUGAUAUCUUGCUAUACGAGUUUCCCUGGCCCUAGGAAGGGAUCAAACAGUUCAGCUAAAAAUAAGUCAAACCAAGUAGCUAAAUUUAAGAAAUCCAUUUAAAAUAAAUUCCCCUAAUGACUUCA